UAUCCAUUCUCAUCACGCUCCCUUACAUUUUGUGAUAAACCCCUUUGCGUGUUUGCGUGGUUGACAGGGCAACUUUUUGUUGCUGGAGUAACCUUAUAUCAAUGACCUAGCGAACGUACCUAUGAUAGCGUGCGGCCUAGUGGACGGAAUAUCCCGGCAUUUGAAGCUUAUUUCGUACCUGGCAGCAGCUCAGGAGAUCUAGAGGACCGUUAGACAUUUUUUUUACCGUCACUAUGAAGACCGCAGUGGCCGUGCUUGUCCUUGCCGCUGUGUUUGAUGCAGCAGUGGGGAACACCGGAGUGACUUUCACCAACAAUGCCUACCUGGACGAGAACAUGAACGUUUUUCUGCAGUGGAGGAGGGACGAGUCUACCGUCACCAUGCAGCUGGAGGUGCAGACCCGCGGGAUGGUCGCUAUCGGCUUCUCUCCCAACGGAAACAUGCCGGCCUCGGAUAUCUUCGCCGGAUACGUGGGCGACGACGGGCAGCCUUACUUCCACGAUUAUUACGCGGAGGCGCAGGAACAUCCGGUCUAUGACGGCGACUCUAACCAGAACUACUUUGACGUCCUCGCCACCGAGAAUGACACUCACACCAUCGUGUGCUUCACCAGGAAUAUCGUAAUGUGCAACUCCGACGAUAGGACCAUCAUCAACGGAACCAACCGUGUGAUCUGGGCCUACCACGCCGACGACCCGACCAGCCCGAGGUCUCUGCUGUACCACGGCGCCACCAACCGGGGCAGCCGCAGUCUCCACAUCCUCUACCCGCGAACCGAACCGGCGCUGCCCGCUGACGUCCAAACCCUGGAACUUUUGAACCAAAACUACACCGUUCCAAACACUUCGGACACCACCUACCUGUGCAGGGGGUACAAGGUACCGGACCUGGGCGGGAAGAGACACCUCAUCAGGUGGGAGCCGGUGAUCCAGCCUGGGAACGAGGGCGCCGUGCAUCACGUGGUUGUGUACUCGUGCGGAGUUGAGCCUGACCCUGACACGCAUGAUGGCGGGGAGUACACGUGCUACUCCAACAUGCCCGGGGAGUGGUACCAUUGCAGCAUCACUCUUCUGGCCUGGGCUAUCGGAGGAUCGUCCUUUGACAUGCCCGAAAACGCUGGGAUCUCCGUGGGAGAUACGAAUGAUCCGAGAUUCCUCAUGGUGGAAACACAUUAUGACAACCCCGAGCUGAGAAGCGACAUCGUGGACAGUUCCGGAUUGCGGCUCUACCUCACCGCCACCUUACGGGAGAACGAAGUUGGUAACCUACAGGUGGGCGCUGAUGUGAGCCAGUACCACAAAAUUCCGCCAGGGAGCGCUUCUCACACAACUGUCGCUCACUGCUAUUCCGAAUGUCUGCAGCAGGGCAUGGAGGAUAUUUCGGCGCCUGCUCUGAACGUUUUUGCCGUGUUCGGGCACGCGCACCUGGCCGGUAGGAAGGUGAAUAUCCGGCAUGUCCGCGGGGCCAGUGAGCUUCAGGAGCUGUUCAGGGACGACAACUACGACUUCAACUACCAGGAGACCAUCUCGCUGGACGAGCAGAGACAGCUUCUGCCGGGAGACAGCAUCUUGAUGGAGUGUACCUACGACACCACGGACAGGAACGGCGUCACUUACGGAGGUCUGAAGACUGAAGACGAGAUGUGUAUUGCCUGGAUUCUGUACUACCCCAAGAUGGAGCUAGCCAAGUGUGAGAGCUGGCCCAUGUCGUACUGGUACCUCUACAGUCUGUCCGCCACUGCCACGGAGUUUAGCGUUGCUGAGAAUGACUUUGUCGCCACCGCCCCGGCCAACGUGGCGGGCCUGACUGCCGAUCAGAUACUUGCAUCUGACAUCACCUGGACGGACGAGCUAAGGGCGGAUUUUCAGCGAGCAGAAACACAGGCCCAAAGGUUCGAGAGAUGCGUGAACAAGAACAAUGACCUAGUACACGGCAAUGGCACGCGCCCUGUACCGCCCGUGAUAGAGUUCCCGUGGGUUGCGGCUGACGAGUGCGCUGGAGCGGACGCUGUCACAGCCAGUAUGGUCGCCAACAUGCUGCUGGUUGCCUUGGGCUUCGUACUGAUAACAGUCAUGUGAAACACUCAUCUGCAUAGUGGUGACUUCAUCUGCAUAGUGGUGACUUCAUCUGCAUAAUGGUGACCUCAUCUGCAUAAUAGUGACUUAUCUGCAUGAUGGUGACUAUCUGCAUAAUUGCGACCUCAUCUGCAUAAUGCAACUUAUGUACAUAGUUGUGCCAAACGUUCUUGUGCCUAAUGCUGCUCCUCCCAUCCUGUAACAUUCCUAUUCAAUAUUGGCUUCAUCACACAACCCACAAAUAGAUUAUUCAACUUCAUUUCGAUUUCAUUCAAUUUCAUCCUAUAUAGCCCCGCCCACUUCCAACGAAACGUAGGAAUCCAAUAUGAGAACAUGAAGCUAUUUGAAGGACACGUUGGGACACUAUUGGAUAAAACGAAUGAAAUCGCCGUAAUUUAUCCAAUAGAAGAGUUUUAUUUUUUAAUGAGUAUUUGAGGGGCAUACAAACAACCUCUCAUUUUUCGCACUGCUGAUUGCUAUGCCAUCAUUGUUUGAACUGCCAACUGUAGUGGAUAGCAAGGAUAGGUCUAUCAUCACCCCUUCCUGUCCCCACUGCUUCAAACAUUCCCACUUGAGUUGCAACGUUUCCAACAUUUGCUCCCACACUUUCAAUCACAAUUCUUGAACACGGAAAGAACACUGUCAGGUGGACUGAUUUUUGUGCCCAUAUUCCCGGCCUGUGUUGGCACAGUGGAGUGUAUCUGAAGCUUAAAUGGUCACCUUUGCGGCCUCUCUGUCUGAGCUUGUAUUUGCCAUGGAUCACCACAGUUUGAUUUAGUGCGUGUUUAUGUGUGUGUUUGUGUGACUUAAAUGAUUUGCGUAACUUUACGUACCAGUGCCAAAAUUUAAACCCUGUAUGUAACAGGCUAAAGAACUGCCUGCAGCUGGAAAUGUCUUAAUCUGUAACGGUGCGGUCACAAUUGUUGUACACGGAUCGUCGUGCGGUAUUUUGAUGACGUAGGAUUAUCACGUGAUAGAAGCAACUACCGACAUGGACCUAAGACAUAACUUAGAUUUUCAGAUUUGCGACAAGAAAGCUGAAUUAAUUUGUCAGGACACAUAACUAUCCUAAAAAUACAUGCAGUAUACGAUAGUACGACCAUAUCGUACGAUUGACGUAUUUGACCGGCCCUCAACCGACGGUUAAGAAAA